AUGGACCGCAUCGCAUUCGAAAAAGAUCUUAUUGCAAUUUUACUUGUCGUGGAGAGUGCACAUGAUAAAAAUAAACUUUUGUAUAAAUAUGAACAAGCGAAUACGAAUAUACGGGAACCCGAACCAGUUAAUUUCCAUACAAGCUAUUCAAUUGUCAUUGCUAAAGAUUUCGAUCCGCCGAGCGUGAAAGAUGAUGAUGCACCUCGAACAACAUUUCAAAAUUUCGAUGAAACAACUAUUGCAAUUUUAACAAGUCCGAAUAGUUAUGGAAGUCAUGUGGAAGUUCAAGUCGAUGAUGUCAUUUUUGUUGGCCAUACCCUUGGCUUAGAACAAAGUACAGAUCUGAAAUCAUUCGCUAUUUUCUUCGUUCUACGAGCUAUUGCAAAAGCAUCAGUUAUCAUAUCCUAUCAAGAAAUGAGUCAACGUAUUGGAACAGCUAUUCGUUGUGAAGAGCAGCGUGUGCACUAUUUGAAAAACGAAUAUGAUAAAUUAUUAACGUUUAUUCAACCACAUGAGAUCGCAGCAUCCGAUUCUUCAAAUCGACGGCAAAACGAAGACGAUAAAGCGAGAGAAAUCAGAGAACAAGCUUAUUCAACGAUGGCUGAAGAAAGUCAACUAGCAGCAACAUUAAAACAAAUCUUUACUGAUUUACAAGUUUCCGGUGAAAUUAACAUAACAAUUAAUAAUUGGUUGAAUGUUUCUUGUUGUCUACCACAUCGAUCUAUUGCUUUAAACUGUUCAUUAGAACCAGAUUUCGCGUUUAAUGUCCUUUCAAAUGCCGAGCAAAUUCUGAAACCAUACUAUGGCAUAUUACUUGUUAUUGAUCCAUCAGCUUUACUUGCUUCGCUACCAAUAGAUAGUUCAUCGACACUGAGUACACUCGUUCGACAUUUACGUUCAUCAUAUUCAAUGUCUCGAUUAUCACUCGAAACGGGUCUUCCGCUCCCUCAAAUCUAUCGUCUUGCAUCUCAUUUGCUAUAUUGGGGCCGAGCUAAACUUAUCUAUCCGAUCUAUGAUGAUAAUGUUUAUAUAAUCUCACCCGAUGCAGAUAUAUCAAAGCACGGUUCUUUAUCUAAACUUUACAAAGAAACAUUUCGAAAUACGACGAAUUACCCAACAUUACAGGAAGCAUUAGCCGAAUAUUCCGAUGCCGUACCCUUCUAUGAUCAUACAAAUCGUAGUGAUAAUGAUUCUGAAUUGCAAGAACGCCUUCAAUGUGUUGAAUGGUUACUUCGUCAUCGUCUACUUGUCCAGGUUCACUAUUACUACUACCUUGUUUUACCGAAUGAUAAUCGAAGCGAUUUCAAAGACGAAUAUAAACAAACACGUUUGCCGCGACCACGUGUACCCCUUGUGAGACUUUUGUCUGAAGUGCCAACUUUGCCUUCAUCGCCGUCGACCAAUCAAUUCUCGUACUCAUCCACUCAUCAUUCCAGAUCAACAGAUACAUUGAAAACAAUGACGGGCACCAGCCAAGAUGACGUGUUUGCUUCAAGUUCAGUCAAUAGUAAUACCACGACAGAUACCGGUCGUUAUGCUUCACAUUAUCUUACAAAAGUAUCACAAGCACUACCAAAUGAACAACUUGAAUAUCAAAAGAGUCUUGCGAUUGCCAUCAAAGAUGCAAAAGAACAACAUGUGACUGAUUUUCUCCGAUUGAUUAAAUAUUUUAACGGAACUUAUCAUCUCGAAGAAAUCACAAUUAUGGAAAAUAUGACGCGUUUACAAUUUGAUUUCACUUGUGCUUCAUGUGAUACUUAUAAUCAGAUAGCUAAGGAAGGUGGUGUGUUCGAACGUAAAAUUGAACAUGUUCCUUCGUCAGUACAAGGCAAACGCCGACGAGAUGAUUACCAUUCUGUUGACUCACAGAAUAAGUAUAGACAACAUUCGGAUGGUAGUCGUUUUGCUACGACAACUACAGAACAAGAUGCGUUACCUGUUCCAUUUUGGAAACAUAUCAAUCGUGGACAAAUUGCAUUUGAAACUCGUGACGUCGGUUGUUUUUCGUUACUCAAUCGAGCAGAUGAUAAAGAAUGUUUCGAUGACAAACGAUAUCUUCGUGUGUACAAAUAUCCACUUCAGACAUUGAACGUCAAUUUCGAUUUGAAAAUUGGCGAAGCUGAUUUUGUUACUGAAGGUCAAAGUAAAAAUAUCAAUGCCAUGCUUUGGUGGUUGUUGCAACGUAAACAAGAUAUUUACAAAAACAAUCGAUUUACUUUCGAUUUUUUGUCAUGGCGCGGUGUUCUUCGUCUAAUCAUGUUCUCAAUAUUUGAAAAACAGUCCGACUGGUUAUUAGCAGUUGUGAAGUUUAAAAAUGCAUAUUUUCUGUGUGAGUAUGUCACGGAAAAGCAAUUGAAAGAGGAAGAAAAUAUGACACCGGAACAUCGAUCGUUCUGCUAUUACGGGCAUAAAUUUGAAGAGUAUGUCACUAAGAAUAAUCUUUCUACGGAAACACUCAAUCCUUCGAAACAAUUCUCGGGAGUGUUUCAAUCAACUAUAGGUUCCUAUCGGUUGUUAUACGGUGCUGAAAUGGAUUGUGUGAUCGAACAAUCAUCAUCUGUAACUGAACACAUCGAACUUAAAGUUUGUGCUGGAAAAACACUUGAUGAUUUACCAUUUCGUUAUAAUCGUAAAUUCGCUAAAUGGUGGAUUCAAUGUUUUCUUGUUGGUAUCAAAAUGAUGAUCAUUGGUUUACGUGAUAAUAAUGGUAUUGUGAAUACUGUUUGUCCAUUGGAUAUCUCUUCGAUCGAACGAGCAGCAGAAACGUGGAAUCGUUCAUCGUUUUUUAAUUUCUUUCUGAUUUUUGCGGAUUUUCUCCGGAAACACGUCAUCACCGAUUAUACACACGAUUAUAAAGACGUUGUCUUAUUUCGUUUUCUCCCAUCGUUACAAAAAAUAACUGUCGAACAAUCUUCGGAUUCAAAAUAUCAUUUUAUUCCUGAUUGGUUUUCCAAAGAAUUUCUCUAG